AUGUCGGAGGAAUAUAAGGACAACAAGAGACGAUUAACUUCGGAUAGUUUGAUACCAAAACCGGGCAGUAAGACAGCCAUAACAGUGAGGGGAGCCAAUGAUGGGCAAGUCGACAUCGGCACGUUCACACCACCGCCCGCACAUUCGAACACUUCUCAACCAGCAUUGGUGGAUAAACUAAUGAUUCGAAUCGAAUACCACAGCAGUGGAAAGGAGAACUGUGUGAACCUGAUCAACGAGGUCUGUGAAGCAGAACAAAACAUUGUUGGCAUUAUUGAUCAUAUCGAGCGUGUCCUGGUAAAUGGUUGUACCAUUCCACCGGAUUGGGACGGAGAAUGGCACGACAGCAGUGAUACAACACAGGACAUCACGUUCACGCGGUCCAACAACUACGUUGUUGGGUGGAGCGUUACUGUGUUCCCCACCACUAUUACUUCUUGGACUUGUGUAGACGAAGACACGUCUAACAACUUUCUGCUUUUCAAGUCAAAUCAAACAUCACUUAGGUUUGGAAUCACGUUUGAUUUUUAUCGUUGCAUUAAAUGGGAAAGGUUGUCAGAUGUUUCAUUUGCCAUUGUUUUGUUUACAGAUGUUCAAAUUCUUGGGCAGGGCAAACGAUUUUAUGCGUUAUCAACUAAUAACGCUGCUGACACUAGUUCAGGGUGCAAUUCAAGUAACGGUAUACCUUCUGCCAUUGUGUUAGUUAAGAAAGGAUACAUUGAAAAUGCUAAACUUAGUUGUCCAAAGCCUUUCUUAGGAAGCUAUAACUAUUCUCCUAAUAAUGGAUCUACAACAUUUUGUGAUGGCACAAGUGUUUGGGAAGUUUGUGCCGAUCAAACACAAAUAGUCGUUAACUAUAACUUGUGUCCAACAAAACAGUUUUACUCAGGUAGGUGA